AUGGCGUCGGUCCUCGACUCUGUUCUAUCUGGAGGCGCCCAGGGCCAGAACUCCAGAGCUCUGUUCAGAGUCGUCAUCCUCUCCUUGAUUGCUGCUGCUGCUAUCGCCAGCAGACUGUUCUCUGUGAUUCUCGAUCCUUGGUUCAAUUUCAGAGCCACCAAAUACUUGGUAGCUAAUGGAUUCUACAACUUCUGGGACUGGUUCGACGAUCGGACCUGGUACCCGCUGGGCCGGGUCACUGGAGGAACUCUCUAUCCCGGCCUGAUGGUCACCAGCGGCGUCAUCUACCACCUGCUCCGUUUCCUCACUGUUCCUGUCGACAUCCGAAACAUCUGCGUUCUUCUCGCACCAGGAUUUUCCGGACUGACUGCGCUGUCCGCCUACUUCCUGACCAAUGAGAUGACAACCUCCCAGUCGGCCGGCCUGCUGGCUGCUGUCUUCAUGGGCAUUGCACCUGGUUACAUCUCUAGAUCAGUCGCAGGCAGCUAUGACAACGAGGCUAUUGCCAUCUUCCUACUGGUUUUCACCUACUUUCUCUGGGUCAGGGCCGUCAAGCAGGGGUCCAUGAUGUGGGGUGCCCUGUGCGCCCUUUUCUACGACUGGAUGGCUGCCUCUUGGGGUGGCUACGCCUUCAUUACCAACCUUAUUGCACUGCACGCCUUCGUUCUCUGCCUUUCGGGACGAUACAGCCCCAGACUCUAUGUUGCAUACAGCACCUGGUAUGCCAUUGGCAUGCUGGGCAGCAUGCAGAUUCCGUUCAUCAACUUCUUGCCUGUCAGCUCGAGUGACCAGUUCCCGGCCCUAGGUGUCUUUGGGCUUCUGCAGUUCAUGGCCGCUGUCGAUUACCUUCGCAACUUCCUACCCGAGGAUAAGGUUUCGAGGCUCCGAAUCGGAACCUUCAUUGGGCUCCUGAUUAGUGGACUCGCCAUCAACAUUAUUCUUGUGAAGACUGGCAAGAUCGCGUCUUGGGGUGGACGUUUCUACUCGCUCUGGGACACUUCAUACGCCAAGAUUCAUAUCCCCAUCAUCGCCUCCGUCUCGGAGCACCAGCCGACCGCCUGGCCCGCGUUCUUCUUUGAUCUGAACAUGCUCAUCUGGCUGUUCCCUGCUGGCGUCUACCUGUGUUUCGACAAGCUGGGCGAUGAGCAUAUCUUCCUUAUCACCUAUGCCGUGACGGCCAGCUACUUCGCCGGUGUGAUGGUUCGUCUGAUGCUCACUCUCACCCCUUGUGUCUGCGUCACCGCCGCCAUGGCGGUCUCGCAAAUUUUGGACAACUACCUGUCGGCUAAGAGUCCGGAACCAGAAGAGAGUGCCAGCGAGACAGUGGAGGGUGCAUCCAAGAAAGAGAAGCCCAUCAAGCCCAAGGCCUGGGGCGAGAAGUCGCCGGUUGUUGGAAUUUACGGGGUCACGUCCAAGGCUGUGGUCUCGGCAGCCUUUUCGCUGUACCUGGUUAUGUUUGUCAUGCACUGUACCUGGGUGACCUCCAACGCGUACUCGUCGCCAUCUGUGGUCUUGGCCAGCAGGAUGCCUGAUGGCAGCCAGCACAUUAUUGAUGACUACCGCGAGGCCUACCAGUGGCUACGACAGAACACCAAGGAGGACGCCAAGAUCAUGUCUUGGUGGGACUACGGCUAUCAAAUUGGCGGCAUGGCUGACAGACCAACGCUCGUGGACAACAACACCUGGAACAACACUCACAUUGCCACGGUGGGCAAGGCUAUGAGCUCUCGCGAGGAGGUCAGCUACCCAAUCAUGCGCCAGCACGAGGUCGACUACGUCCUUGUCGUCUUUGGCGGUCUGCUGGGCUACUCGGGUGAUGACAUCAACAAGUUUCUCUGGAUGGUGAGAAUCGCCGAGGGCAUAUGGCCAGAAGAGGUCAAGGAGCGGGACUUCUUUACCGCUCGCGGAGAAUACCGUGUGGAUGAUCAGGCCACCGACACCAUGAAGAACUCAUUGAUGUACAAAAUGUCGUACUAUAACUACAACACUCUCUUCCCUCCUGGACAAGCCACCGAUCGUGUUCGUGGCGUCCGUCUCCCAGCGGAGGGCCCGACGCUGAACGUGGUGGAGGAGGCGUUCACCAGCGAGAACUGGAUCAUCCGAAUCUACAAGGUGAAGGAUCUGGACAACUUUGGCAGAGAUCACGCUUCAGUGGCGUCCUUUGAGAAGGGCAGCAAGAAGAAGAAGCCUGUCAAGAAGCGAGGUGCACGUACCCUUCGACUCGACUAGGUGGAUCUUGGCAAUGCUUAAAGCAGUGUACAAAAGGAGAUGACAGGUAGAUUACUUUUUUCUUUUUUUUAUGUGGCGUAGGAAGGGACAAGUUGUCGGUAAGGUGCCGAUGUACAAAAAGUUGAGAGUCUCAAUAGAAGACAAAUCCCUCUG